UUUACUGUCCCUUUAAGAGGGGAUGAAUGUGGGGCCUAGUUGGGUUCACAGAAGCAGAUACAGGAUGUUGUGAAAGUGGUAUGAGGCAAUACCUGGGAGUGACAGAACACGCGGCCCGCAGAGGAAGUUGGGAGGUGCAGAGGGAAAGACAAACAUGAGAAAUGGUGCUCUGUGAAGCACAGAGAAGGGAACAGAUAGACUGCAGACCCUGAGCCUGUCACUGGCUAAGUCAUGGGCUGCACAUCAAGCGCAAGAGCCAACAGGAGGAGUAAAAUGAUAGACAGAAACCUCCAGCAUUAUGGAGGUAAAAGGAAAUCAGAGGUAACACUACUACUUCUCGGUACCAGGGAGUCUGGGAAAAGCACUAUCAUGAAGCAGAUGAAGGUUAUCUAUGAGGGGGACUACUCAGAGGAGGAACGCAGACAGUACAGAGCAGCUGUAUACAGUGACACCAUACAGUAUAUCACUGAUAUUGUAAGUGCCAUGGAGAGCCUGGGCAUUGGUUUUGGAGAUGUAGCCAGAGCUGAUGAUGCCCAGCAGCUGGCAGUGUUUGCCAGAGGUGCAGAGAAAGGGGUAAUGUCUGAGGAGCUGACUGGUAUUAUAAAGAGACUGUGGGAUGAUGUGGGGGUGCAGACUUGCUUCAGUCGCUCACGUGAGUACCAACUUAGUGACUCGGCCUUGUAUUUCCUCAGUAACCUGGGCAGGAUCUGUCAGCAGGAUUAUAUCCCUACCCAGCAAGAUGUGCUACGUACCAAGGUCAGCACUGCUGGCAUCACUGAGGCAAGUUUCAUGUCCGGGGAUGUGAGAUACAGAGUGAUAGAUGUCGGAAACCAGAAAUCAAGUUGGAAAAAAUGGAUUCAUUGUUUUGAGGGAGUCCCUGCAGCAGUCAUUUUCUGUGUGGCCCUAAGUGACUAUUACCAGCUGUUGGACAAGGAGACGCACCACAUGCCUGAGAGUAUGAAACUAUUUGAUAGCAUUUGCAACAGUGAAUGGUUCAUUGAUUCAAUGAUCAUCAUAUUGUUUACUAAAAAGGAUCUCUUUAAGAACAAUAUCAGUCAGUACCCAUUGAUGCGCUGCUUCCCCGAGGGCUGUGGCACAUAUGAAGAGGCGGCUAAACGGAUCAUCUGCCAGUUUGAGGCCCUUAAUAAGAAAAGUGACACUAAAGAUAUCUCAGUGCAUUUCCUGUGUGUCACAGACACAGAAGAAGUUCAGUUUGUAUUUGCUGCUGUGACAGAAAAAAUAUUUUUAUCAAAUUUGCCAAAGCCGCCAUUAUUCUAAUGUGACAAUGACAAAAUGCUGUCAAACACAAGACUUACUGGUAAUAAUAUCCUCAGCCCAACUGUCUGUCACAUAAAGGUCACCUGAUCCAUUAAAAGCUACAACUUCAGUCAUGCAGAGGAGGAUUUAUACAAGGCAGUCCUCAUAAACAUUUCCGUCAACAGAAGAGUUAAUUCCAGCGGCUGCUGUUUAUCUUACCUGUGCUCUAGAAUGGAUAUCCUGGAAAUGUGUUCUGAGCAGGAUCGUUUUCUCUUUUUUUUUUUUUAACAGUUUUUGUAUUCAGUUUUUGGCAAAAUAUAAACACACAGGAUCAUUUUAAAGACCAGUCUUAUUUUCCGUUGAGUCUGUAGAAUGCUCACGCCCCCAUGUUUUCAAAGGGAUUACUGGGUACUCUUUACCCUUAUAGUUUUUUUCAGCAUAAAGUUAUAUUAGAUUGUUGUUAUAUAGGUACCAGAUGGACAACCCAGUUUCAUCCAUGACUCCCCUUUACAGUGUGAAAAUGAUUAUCCAUAGUGUGAUCUGGAGAAGACACUCCAAACAAUGUGUCAUUCUGUCUCACAGUGUAACUUCAUUUGACACUAGAAACAAUUCAAAGGAAGGUUACUAAAUGGUACAAGGUCUAGGAAAUACUUUGUGACCUUAAUACGUAUAGCUGAGAGGAAAAAAAGAAGAGAGGUGAUACAGCUGCAGCACCACCAUCUUAAAUAGUAUCUGGCCAGCCUCAGCAGCCCACCGGGAAAUCUCCUGGUGUCCUGGUAGGCCAAUCUGGUCUUGUUUAUCUCAGGCGCUAAAUUUUACAUCUGUAUUUUGAAUUGCAUUUAAGUGCAACACUUGUAACUCAACACUUGUAAUAUGAGUACAAUGAGGGAACUAAUAGUGCUCCUUGUGCUAUCAAUUAAAGGAUCAUUAAACUUGACAUUUCAACAAUGUAUAAUAUUAUUGCAAUAUACAUUCAUUAUUUAUUUUGUUGUAAAAUACACCUAAAAAUUGUGCUUGUUUCACUUUCUUCCAUGGAGGUUUAGGUUAAUAAUUUUAGGCAAUGUAUGUAAGCUUUAGUUUACUUCACCCUCUUCACUAAGAUUCUCAGCAGUCACCGGGUUGUAAAAGGUGGAUUCUCAGUUUUGCAUCAACAAUCAUGAUAGGAAAUAAAAGCAUUAUUUUCAAUAAUAACUAAGUUGAAUCAGUGCUAAACCACCUUAAGGGAAGAGAUAAGGGUAGGCUUCCCCUGCCUAUUUUAACUGCACAUGUGCAAACAGAGUUUGUGCUAUACUAUCUGAAUAUUAGUUUUGUGAUUGGUUAGUAGGGAUUCUUUUGUUCUGGGGGACGGGGAAAUCAGUGAAAUGAAUUAACAUAAAACAAUGUAAUCAUUUGACAAAAUAAAGCUGCAGUUUUCAUUGUAAAAUUAUCGUCAGAUAUGAAGGUUCAAAAUCAUGUAGUUUACAAUUUGUGUUUAGGGGCCCUUUAAAACGAUAGGUUGCGCUAAACAAGUUUCGGCUGCGUUACGAUGCUCUGGUUAUAUGAAUAUUUAACCAUCCAUUUGUAAUGGCAGAUUGUGCGUUAUUCUCUGUGCAAAGCCACACACAAGAUAACGCACCCUUAUAUGUUGUUGGGUUUCUUUAUUAUUAUUAUUAUUAUUAUUAUUCUUUAUUUAUAAAUUGCAGACAUAUUCCGCAGCGCUUUCAGAGCCAAUUAUUAUUAUCGGUUAUUUGUAGAGUGUCAACAGAUUCCGCAGCGCUAUAAACAAAGGGGGAGUACAACAAAACAAUUAUAAGGAUCAAAUGGGUAGAGGGCCCUGCCAAGAGUUGCACUGUUGUAGUCAGCUCUUAAGAAGGUGAUCUACAAACAGCUGGACUCUUAGGCUUACAUGCUAAGGGGGUUCAGGGGAUAGCAAUGGAGGAGUGGAACUGGUAUAAAGUAAGGUUAGCAUAGGUUGUAUGCAUCCCUGAACAGUAGAGUCUUUAGGGAGCGCUUGAAGCUUUCAAAACUAGAAGAGAGUCUUGUGGAGCGAGUCAGAGAGUUCCACAAGAUGGGAGCCAGUCUGGAGAAGUUCUCUAAAUGGGAGUGCGAUGAGGUAACCAGAGAGGAGGAGAGUAGGAGGUCAUGAGCAGAGUGAAGGGGACGGGAGGGAGAGUAUCUGGAGACAAGGUCUGAGAUAUAGGGUGGAGCAGUGCAGUUGAGGGCUUUGUAUGUCAGAAUGAGAAUUUUGUGUUUGUUCCUAGAGGCAAGAGGAAGCCAGUAAAGGGAUUGGCAGAGAAGAGCAGCAGAUGAAGAGCGACGUGUAAGGAAGAUGAGUCUGGCAGAAGCAUUCAUUAUGGAUUGUAAAGGAGCUAGGCGGCAGGUGGGGAGACCAGAGGGGACAGAGUUGCAGUAAUCGAGGCGGGAAAAAUGAGAGAGUGGAUUAAAAUCUUAGUUGUGUCUUGUGUAAGGAAGUGUCUAAUUUUAGAGAUGUUUUUAAGGUGGAAGCGCAAGGCUUUAGCCAAGGACUGAAUGUGAGGAGUGAAAUAAAGAUCUGAGUCAAAUGUGACUUGUUAUGGUGCCUGUUUUCACAGUAUUUUUCUUUUAGGUCAAGAUAUGAUACAAUAAAUGGGAGAAAAUUAAAAAA